UAUUUUGUGGGUGAAUAGUCGGGUGAAAAGUGGAACGUAAUGAUCCCAUUUCUAAGUAAUGUGCUACCCUAAGCAUCAAAGUAGUUUAAACAUUGUUUCCACGGAUAGUUAAAUCGAUAACACAAAAGCAGUCAACCUCUUUACACGCACCAAGAAGGCCGCAAACAAUACACAAAAAAGAAAAAAUGAAAACCGCGGGAAUCUUUCAAAAAUCGUGUCAUUCUAUUGUUUCCUUUUAGGAAACAUGGAUGUCAAAUAAACAAUAAUAUUAUUUAUUGAUUAUUUUGUGUCAGAAUUAAGUAACUGAUUAGUUAAUUAGUACAGAUUAGCGUUAAACGCCAAUAUGGCGGAGAAAGCAGAUAAGGCGGAGAAAGAGAAAGUAGAAAAGACAGAGAAGGCUGAGAAGGCAGAAGAGGCUGAAGUGGAGCCAAUAGUAAUCCCGGAGGUCAAGAAAAGACCUAAAGUUGCCUGGAGCGACGACCUCAGCCAUGACUCUGAAGAAGAGAGAGAACGCGAGCGCCUUGCCCAGCUCGAGCGUGAGCUAGCCGAGACUCCGGUCAAACCAAUCUACGAGCCCGAAGAACUUGAGAAGCUUGUCAACUACAUCGUGAGGAUGACGACUUUGUAUGACCUUCGUCCGGAAGACUGGACGCCGGACGUCAUACAAAUCAUCGAAGAUUGGGUCUUGGAACCAAAAUCCACCAUUCUUUGCAUAUAUUUCCGAGGAGACAAAUUGAAAGCAAGCCCUGAAAUCCCAUUGUCAGCGGUUUAUGACUUAACAUACUUCAUAAGACCACUCGAUUUUGUGUUCAAAGCCGAAACCUUCCACGAUGACAUAGUUUUUGGGACCUUCAUAGAUUCCAUAGAAUCGAAUGUAAUUAAUUUGCUGGAAAAUGUGUAUGCUCCGUAUUUUUUUGCGAUUACCUCUUGGCCAGAUAGUGUGAAGAGUGAGUUCUGUACGCACAUCCAUACGUUUCUCGCGAAGCUCACAGACAUGUAUUACAAGAUGUUGGGUCUUACCGUCCUCUACAUUCCUCGGGAGGGCCAGCAACUGUCCUUCGAAAAGGCUAGCGCUGACCGCGAGCUGGUGAAGAGGCUCGAAGGCGUGGUGGUGUACUGGACCCAUCAGAUCAAGUCGUGUUUGGAAGACCAAGCAUUUGUAGCUUCACAAAAGGAACUGUUAUGUCCCAGUGACGAAUAUGAUUUCUGGAUUUACAGACAUGAGAACCUCAACGCUUUACUUCACCAAUUAAAGAACCCAGCAGUGAAGCAUAUAACUAAGAUCCUGGUGACCACUCACUCGACAUUCAUCCACCAGUUCCAGUCUCUCUGCGAGGAGAUUGUCCAGAAGAUACGAGAAGCCACUAACAACAUAGAGUAUCUGCAGGUCAUCACGCAACCUUGCGCCGUCCUAGAAUGUGUGGUGGACCCCGACGAGAUAGCCAAGCACAUCCCGCAAAUAAUUAACCUAUUCCGAUUCAUAUGGAUGGAGUCCCCUACUUACAACUCAGAAUCAAGGAUCACGAAUUUAUUUAAAGCUUUGAGCAACCAAAUUAUAAUUUUAUGCCGGAAUUAUAUUAAGCUGGAGGAACUGUUUGAUGGUAACACGGUCAGGGCGUUAGGGGAGUUCUCGAAGUGUAUCGAUUGCUGCAAGCGGUACAGGGAGAUAUAUGAUGUGAUGGCGGAAGCGCAUAAUGACGUGAAUCCUGGCAGUUGGGAGCUCGACACAGGGUCUAUAUUCAACUAUAUCGACUCGUUUGUGCAGAGAUGCUUCGAUAUGCUCGAUGUUUGUAACUGUAUGAUUAUUUUUGGAAGGAUCAAUGAGUUUGAGAUGAUUAACAAGCCGUGUUUCGGCGGCGCUCGGGGAGACCAGUUCGAGGCCAAGUGCGAGAAGGUGGAGCGGAUGUUCUUUGACGCGCUGCUCGAUGUGAAGGGUGUAGCUGGGACCAUCCUCGACGUGCAGGCGCCCUCCUGGUACGAUGACAUCCUCGCUUUCAGGACUAUCAUCAAGGAUAUUGAGAUUAUAAUAGAGAACCUGGUGGAUACCGUGUUUGAAGGAGUCAACCAUGUCGAAGAAGCAGUGGUUGCUCUUUACUCCCUCAACAAUUAUUCGAAGCGAAAGAAUCUGAAACGUGUGUUCAAGCGAAAGACGGCUGAGGUAUGGGCAAUGUUCAGCGAAGAAGUGCAGGACACCAAGAAGGACAUGGUGUCGAUGCGCAGCCAGCAUCCCGCAGAUCUGCCUUCCUUCGCCGGCAGAGCCACCGUGCUCAAGAUGCGGAAGAACAGACUUAUGUACCUCAAACAAAUAAUGUCUGACGCUUCUGCCUGGCUGCUGCCGUGCAGCAACUCUGAAGACGUGAUCAUGCAUGUGAACAGGCUGAUGGGGGCCAUCGACGUCGCUAUAAGAGAACUGUGGAUAUCCUGGACGCACAACUUAGAUGACAAGUGUGGCGCCGGUCUCAACAAGACUCUGAUGAGGAAGAGCGCAGAGAAUCCUGGUCUCCUUGAGUGUAAUAUCGAUGUGAACAUUUUGGAACUCUGUAAAGAAGCAGCUCACUGGGAAAAUCUUUGUAUGGAUAUUCCAGUCCAUGCUUUUCAGGUGUUCAUGAAGAGCAAGACAGUACAUUAUGUUUAUGAAAGUGUGUUAGCUGUAGUGAAGGGGUACAACAAGAUCCUAGACUCACUGUCCGAUGAGGAGCGAUUACUGUUCAAACCUUUAAUUUUGGCCUGUGAAAAAAAAGUGCAACCAGGUAUCACGAAAUUAACUUGGACCUCUACAAUGUCAGAUGCAUAUAUUGCAGACUGUGUUAUGCAAAUUGGUGAACUUCAAGAUUUUUUGACAACGUAUAAAAACUGCAAUAUUAAUUUGGUAAAAAUCAUGGAAAAAAUUUGCGAUACUCCAUUUAUCGAAUUUGAUAUUUAUAAUGUUUUCGAUAUCCAAGUACUGCGAGCAAAAAUAAGAAAAAUGGAAAGUACAGCUAUGGAUGCUGUAUUAGAUAUGUAUAAAGUAAUAGUAAUUUACCUUGUAAUUGUAUACGAAGGAUUUGAGGCUUAUAUAACACAGAUGGCAGAGCAUUGGAUAAAAUAUGUUAGAAGAUUUGAUCGACUUUUGGAAGAUGCUCUUAGGCUGGGAGUCAAAUCCACGAUGCAAAACAUGUACAAAUGCGUUCAUGGAGACGGAACUAUGGCUCCUUCGCCACUGAUAAAAAUGAAUUUAUACCUCACUGGCAAAGAAAUAACUUACAUACCUACAAAAGACCAUAUCAAGGAAACAUUUACGACAGUUUUGGAUGAAGUCGUUCACAUUCUGAGUACAGUUCCACGACUUUAUGAAAAGUUUGCUUUACCAGCGGGUGGUCUGAAAAAAUUCUACGAAGUUAUACAAGCUGAUCAAGACUGCAAUAAGCUCCAAGCGUUAAUCGGCGACGAAGUCGAAUAUAAUAUAAAUCUUGUAAAUGAGCACCUUACAAUGUGGGAACCUUAUUCGCACAUCUGGAAAGUAGAUAAAGAGGAAUUUUUAACACAUUACCGCGAUGAAAAAUGUUCUGCUGCAGCGUUUGAUAACCUGAUUAUAAAUUAUAGCAAUCUCGCUAAUUCCGUACAGAUACAAGAGACUAUUAACCAGAUCCAUUUUAUUACUCUUAACUCAAGCGAGUUAAAAAAGUCUAUUAUAGCCCAUUGCAUUGUUUGGCAAACAAAGUUAGGAGAGCUGCUCAGAAUGAUUACAGAAAAUGAUAUUGAUGUCGUCUAUAACUAUGUUGAAAAAAGCAGCGAGGAAGCAAUGAAAGUGCCAAUGGACUUAAAAGAGCUCCAAAUAGCAAUAGAGACUUACGAUCGUUUGUUAAUGGAAAUACAGACAGUCGAGAAGACCUUUCCUCCUAUAACAGAUCAAAUGACAACAUUAGCGAAGUUUGAAGUUGAAUUAAGCAAUGAUAUGGUAACGCGGCAUGAAAAUAUACCAGUUCUCUGGGCAGAAUAUUUAUCAGUCUUAGAAGAAGCUAAGAAAGCUCUUGAAAUGAAUAAAGACAAAUUCAAAAACGGAUUACUGGAUCAAGCUGAAGUAUUUAAAGAAGCCGCUAAAGAAUUUUGCGAAGAUUUUUAUAAAACUGCUCCCGUUACUUCUGAUAUAUCUGGCAAAGACGCUCUGGCUCAGUUAAAAGCUUUCAGAGAACAACUUAACGCAUUGCGAGCUCAAGAGCAACAAAUACGCGAUGGCCUUGCAGUGUUUAACUUAACUACUCCAGUGAAUCUGGAUCUUCUGAAGAUGGAGAAGGAGCUGGAGAAAUUGGAGGAGGUUUGGGGCUUGGUGAACCAAUGGGAGGAGUCCUGGGAGAAAUAUAAGACCCAAACUUUCUGGGAAAUGGAGACAGACGAAAUGGAAGAAAAUAUAAUGAGUUUGUUUAGAAAUUUCAACCGUCUUGCACGCCAGCUUAAGGAUAAAAAUUGGGAAAUUAUCGAGACAACAAGGAUUAAAGUCGACGCGUUUAGACGAACUCUUCCACUUAUCGGUGAUUUAAAGAACCCCUGCAUGAGAGAACGGCACUGGGAUAGAAUAAAAACACUUAUGGGAGUCGAUUUCGACCAAAAUUCUGAAGAUUUUAAGCUGGAACUUAUUAUGAGGCUCAAUUUCCAAGCUUACGCAGAAGAAAUAGCUGAAAUAUCCAACGCUGCAACCAUGGAAUUGAACAUAGAAAAUGGACUUAAAGCUAUAAGAGAGGUGUGGAAGAAUACAACGUUUGAGAUGUCACAUCAUAAGGGUGACAUUUAUAGGAUUAAGAAUGUUGAAGAUGUUAUGCAGUUUCUUGAAGAUCACCAAGUGCAGCUAUCGUCAAUGAAGUCCACGAAAUAUGUUGAGCCGUUUAUAAAAGAAGUAGAUUACUGGGAAAAGUCGUUAGGUUAUGUUGCAGAAUGUAUCGAAAUUUCCUUACAAGUCCAACGUCGUUACCUUUACCUUGAAAGUAUUUUUAGCGGUGAAGAUAUCAGAAAGCAAUUACCGAAUGAAGUUCUUAUUUUUGACGAUUUGACAGCCGAUUGGACAGAAAUUACAGCCAAUAUGUAUGCUGGCAAAAAUGCAAUAGAAGCAUGUAUAUACAAGCCAGCACCUUACCUAUUCAAUAAACUGAACCAAAUGGUUGAUAAUUUGGAUGGCAUUCUUCGAGCUCUUGAGAAGUAUCUCGAGACGAAACGGCAGAUAUUCCCAAGAUUUUACUUUAUUUCCAAUGAUGAUCUGCUUGAGAUUCUUGGUAAUUCAAAGAAGCCUUCACUGAUCCAAGUUCAUUUGAAAAAGCUCUUCGAUAACGUCAACAGAAUCAGGAUUGAUAAGAAAAAAGUUAUAGACUUGAUGGAGGCUCCACAAGUCACGGAUCCAAUCAAAUUAUUUUGUAAGAGAAACCUCCUCAAAGUACAACAGAAUAGAAUGAAUGUGAAAUACCAAGACAGUGAUAUAAAGUCCUUUAAGUCUGUGUACAGGAUAGCUUGCUGUAAAGCCAUAUACUCACACAACUGGAACAAGUUGCUGUACCUGUUAAAGAAGUGUCCGCCGUGGGUACAUAACUUUAAAGAUGUUAAUGAGGCCGCCUUGUAUGUGAGAGCCCUAGUAAUUCUACUAAUGUAUCAUCCCAGUUCUCAAGCUCAAGGCUUAUUGAAUGACUACCUACAUUUAAACCCCCUAGGUCUGCCCGUAGCCAAAGCUAUGACGUCUGAAGAUGGGGAGUGUAUUGAGUGGAAGUAUAACUUGGUGUUGGACGGGCCUGCAGAGUCCUGGCUGCUUGGGCUGGAGCACACCAUGAGGGUAGUGCUCAGAGAUCAAUUAAUAUUGACACGAGCUGCUUUAAGAAAGUGUCGAUAUCAGAGGGAGCAAUGGAUCAAUGAUUGGCCUGGUCAACUAGGAAUAACAUCCAGCAAGAUACAAUGGACAUCGGACUGCACUCGCACCCUCUGUCGCUGCGAGAUUAUGCAGGAAAAGAAACCGUUGAAGAAACUGCGCAAGAAACAGAACCUGAUCCUCACGACCCUUCAGAUGAUGUCCAGGAAAGAGAUCUCGAAGAUUCUACGCUGUAAAGUCAAUGCGCUGUGUGUCAUCGAGAUACAUUCGAGAGACACUGUCGAUAGAAUGUAUAAAAUGGGUUGCAUGAACGUAACGGCAUUCGAGUGGUUCUCCCAGCUCAAGUUCUACUGGGACCGAGAGCGCGAGGACUGUUACAUCAAACAGACGAACACCAACUCUAUCUACACGUACGAGUACAUCGGGAACUCGGGGAGACUCGUCAUCACACCACUUACUGACAGAUGCUACAUAACCCUUACGACUGCACUGCACCUGUUCCGCGGCGGCAGUCCGCAGGGCCCGGCCGGCACGGGCAAAACCGAGACCGUGAAGGAUCUCGGCCGGGCGCUCGCCAGAUGGGUGGUCGUCACCAACUGUUCUGACGGACUCGAUUACAAGUCCAUGGCUAAGUGUUUCUCGGGUAUUGCUCAAAGCGGCUGCUGGGGUUGCUUCGACGAGUUUAACCGCAUCAACAUCGAGGUACUGUCCGUGGUCGCGCAGCAGAUCCUCGCGGUGCUGCUGGCUCUCUCGCUGUUCCAGAAGCGGUUCAUGUUCGAAGGCUGCGAGAUCAAACUGGAUGCCAACUGCGGGAUAUUCAUCACCAUGAAUCCUGGUUAUGCGGGCAGAACCGAGUUGCCAGAUAAUUUGAAAUCCAUGUUCCGUCCGAUCGCCAUGUGUGUACCGGAUUCCCUCAUCAUUGCAGAGAAUACACUCUUCUCUGAUGGAUUCACCGCAUAUAAAGUUAAUGCCAAAAAGGUGUUCACCUUAUACCAGCUGGCUAUGCAGCAACUGUCCAGACAGGCCCAUUACGACUUCGGUCUGCGAUCCAUGGUCGCCCUGCUCCGGUAUGCUGGUAUCAAGAGGAGGGCUUACCCUAAUCUACCUGAACAAGAGAUGGUAAUCCUUGCGAUGCGAGACAUGAACGUAGCCCGGUUAACGGCCAAAGACGUGCCGCUGUUCGACGGUAUCAUGCAGGAUAUCUUCCCCGACGUGGAGAUCCCAACGUUGGACUACGAGAUGCUGGAGACGGCCAUCACCGCGGAGAUGAGGGCCGCUGGGCUGCAGCCCGUGAAGGCGGCCCUGCAUAAAGUUAUACAGACGUAUGAGACCAAGAAUUCACGUCACUCAAGUAUUCUCCUUGGCGACACGAAUACCGCUAAGUCGGUAUCAUGGAAGAUGUUAGCAGCCACCCUCACACGACUCCACCGGGAGAAAGUCCCGGGAUUCGAGGUGGUCCACCCCUUCCCGAUCAACCCAAAAGCUCUGACCCUGGGAGAGCUGUACGGGGAGUAUAACCUGGCUACCGGUGAAUGGAAGGAUGGAGUCCUGUCUUCUAUCAUGAGGACUACCUGUCAAGAUGAGUCUCCCGACAUGAAGUGGAUAAUAUUUGACGGUCCUGUGGACGCCAUUUGGAUCGAGAACCUGAACUCUGUGAUGGAUGACAACAAACUGCUGACGUUGGUCAACAGUGAGAGGAUUUCUAUGCCAGCGCAGGUCACUCUGCUGAUUGAGACCUUGGACUUGGCAGUGGCAUCGCCAGCCACGGUCUCCCGUAACGGUAUGGUAUACAACGACUACAAGGAUUGGGGCUGGUGGCCCUUCGUCAACUCUUGGCUAGACACCGUCGACGAUCCUGACUAUAGAGAGAUGCUGCGGCGCCACUUCAUGUCGAUCCUGACGCCGGUGCUGGAGCUGAAGCGGCUGCAGCUGGCGGAGGGCCCCAGCGUGCGCGGCCAGGAGCUCACGGGCGUGCGCGCGCUGUGCCGCCUGCUGGCGCUGCGGCCCUCGCCCGCGCCGCCCGCGCCCGACGAGGAGGACAACGAGGGGCUCGCCAAGAUGCGCUUCCUCUUCGCGAUGAUAUGGUCUGUCUGCGCUACCCUGGAGGACGAGCCUCGUAAGAAGCUGGACAACUGGAUACGCGAGCACGAGGGGAUAUUCCCGCUCAAAGACACCGUGUACGACUACUACGUGGACGAGAGACUGCGCCAGUUUAAACCGUGGGAGCAGAAGCUGCCCGAUAGCUGGAGAUUUAAUCCUGCGAGCGGUUUUCACAUGAUCCUGGUCCCGACGGUGGAGUUCAUCCGCGUCCAGAUUAUCGCGCUGAAAGUGUUGAAGGCAGGCUACGGCGUGCUCCUGGGAGGACCCACUGGGACUGGAAAGACCUACCUCAUACAAGGCACGCUCAUCAACCUAGACCCUACCAAGUAUAGUACUCAAGUGAUCAACAUGUCCGCUCAGACUACGGCAGCUAACGUUCAAGAUAUCAUCGAGUCGAGACUCGAGAAGAGAACCAAAGGGAACUAUGUGCCGGCUGGAGGUAAGAGAAUGAUAGCGUUCAUGGACGAUAUCAACAUGCCGGUGAGGGACUACUACGGGUCGCAGCCGCCCCUGGAGCUGGUGCGGCUGUGGCAUGACUAUGGGUACUGGUUCGACCGCGCCAAGCAGUGGCGGAAGAAUGUCAAGAACAUGGUCCUGUGUGGCGCGGCGGGUCCCCCGGGCGGGGCCCGCUCGUCGCUGCCCCCGCGGCUGCUGUCUUGCUUCCACGCCUUCUACCUCCCCUCGCCCACGCAGUCGCAGCUCGUCAAGAUCUUUGGCACCAUGCUCAGCCAGCAUCUACAGGACUUUGAUGAGGAGACCAAGUCCGUUGGUAAAACGGUGCUGAUAGCCACUAUCGACAUGUUCAACCACAUCGUGGCUAAACUUCUGCCCACCCCGCACAAGAUGCACUACCUGUUUAACUUGCGAGAUAUAUCGAAAAUAUUCCAGGGCCUGCUCCGUAGCAACAAAGACUACACUAACACAAAGUCGCGGUUCCUGCGUCUGUGGAUACACGAGUGCUUCAGAGUGUUCAGCGAUCGACUCACAGAAGAAAAGGACCGCGAGUGGUUCAUGAAUCACAUAGGCGACAUGCUGGGCAAGCACUUCGAGCUGACGUUCCACGCGCUCUGCCCCACCAAGAGCCCGCCGCUGUUCGGACAUUUCCUCAACCCAUACGAGGUCUAUGAUGAUAUGAACGAUCCGGUUGCUUUGCGCAAAUACAUCACGAUCCAGAUGGAGGAGUACAACAGCUGCCCGGGCGUGGUUAAGAUGGACCUGGUGCUGUUCAAGGACGCCAUCGAGCACGUCUGCCGCAUCGUGCGCGUCAUCUCGCAGCCGCGCGGGAACAUGCUGUGUGUAGGGAUCGGUGGUUCGGGAAGGACUUGCCUAACGCGAAUGGCCUCAUACAUCUGCGAAUACCACUCCUUCUCAGUCGUCGUCACUAAAACUUAUGGUGUCAAGGACUUUAGGGAGGAUCUAAAGGUACUAUACACGGCAUGCGGCGUGGACCACAAGAAGACGACGUUCAUAUUCUCUGACACGCAGAUAGCAGAGGAGACCUUCACAGAGAUCAUCAACAACUUGUUGAGUAGUGGAGAAGUCACCAACCUGUACAAGACUGACGAGUUCGAAGAUAUAAAGACAGCGUUGGAGAAGCCGAUGAAGGCGGCGAACCUGAUGCAGACCAACGAGGUGGUGUACCUGUUCCUGGUGGACCGCGUCAGGCACAACCUGCACAUUGUGCUCUGCUUCAGUCCCAUCGGGGAAGAGUUCAGGAACCGCAUCCGUCAGUACCCCGCUCUGAUCAACGCGACCACCACGAACUGGUUCCUGGAGUGGCCGCGCGAGGCGCUGCUGGAGGUGGCCUACCGCUUCCUCGAGGGUGUUGAGCUGCUGGCAUCUAUCACCGGGCCCAGGGUCCGACGGUUGGAAUCUCUAAUAGAAAGUCGUGAGGACAUCCUCCGCGCCUCCGUGGCGUCCAUCAUGUCUCUGAUCCACUCGUCCGUGGGCAAGUACUCCGUCAAGAUGUGGCAGGAGAUGCGCAGGACCAACUACGUCACACCCACCAACUACCUCGAGCUGGUGGCCGGGUACAAGGAGAUGUUAAAAGCGAAGCGUUUCGAGAUAGCCCUCCAGGCGAACAAGUUGCGCAACGGUCUCGGCAAAGUGGAGGAGACCACUCGCCUCGUCGGACAGAUGUCUGAGGAACUCGCUGAGGCUCAGGUUCAAGUGGGUGAAUACACAGAGCAGUGUAUCGAGUACAUGGGCGUCAUCAACGUGCAGCAGCGCAACGCGGACGAGCAGCAGCGCAGCGUGGCGGCGCGCAGCAAGAAGACCAUGGAGGAGGAGGUGCAGUGCAAGAAGCUGGCCGACGCCGCCAUGAGGGACCUGGCCAGCGCCAUGCCCGCGCUCGAGGAGGCCAUCAAGGCAUUGGAUGCUUUGAACAAGAAGGACAUUACUGAAAUUAAGUCUUACGCCAAGCCGCCGCAGAAAGUCGAGAUGGUGCUGGAAGCUGUGCUCAUCUUACUUCAGAAAGAGCCAACAUGGGCUGAAGCAAAGCGCCAACUCGGCGAUCAGUACUUCCUGGAUCGGCUUCGCGACUUCGACAAGGAUAACAUAUCUGACAAGACUCUAAAGAAGAUCGGCACGUACACGGUGAAGCCGGACUUUGACCCGGAGAUCGUGGGUACCGUGUCCGCUGCUGCAAAGUCGCUGUGUCUGUGGGUGCGCGCUAUUGAGAAAUAUGGGAAGAUUUACAAGAUAGUAAAACCAAAGAAGGAGCGUCUAGAAGAAGCGUUAGAGUCUCUACGUAUGAAGCAGCAGAUCUUGGCGGAGGCCCGCGCCAAGCUGCGCGAGCUGAGCGAGAUGAUCGCGCGGCUGCAGCGCGAGUACGACGAGAAGGUCGCGCAGAAGGAGGAGCUCGAGAGGAGGUCCAAGAUGCUGCAGCUCAAGCUAGAGAGGGCAGAGGCUCUGAUUACCGGGUUAUCUGGUGAGAAGGAACGUUGGGAGGCGACAGUGGAGCGUUUAGAUAAGGAGUUCGACAACUUGCCGGGAGACUGUCUCAUAGCUACGGGUUUCGUGGCAUACCUCGGGCCCUUCGUGUCCGAAUACCGGGAGUCGCUCAUGGAUGACUGGUUCUUAGAGGUAUAUAACGAAUUACUCCCGGUGACUACGGGGCUAAGUAUGAAGAAGUUCUUACUGGACGACGCUACGCUAAGAGAUUGGAAUUAUAUGGGAUUGCCUGAUGACAACUUCAGUGCGGAGAAUGGUAUCAUAGUGGUCCGCGCCACGCGCUGGCCGCUGGCCGUGGACCCGCAAGGACAGGCUCUCAUAUGGAUCUCACAUCUGGAGGAGAAGAAUGAUAUACAGAUCGUGGACUUUGGGCAGCCGAACUACCUGAAGAUAAUGGAGAACUGCCUGAGUGAGGGCAAGCCCAUCAUAGUUCAGAACGUGGGCGAGGUGUUGGACCCCUCCAUCGCCCCUAUACUCACGAAGGCGAUCGUGACCAUCGGCACCUCGCAGGUCAUCAAGUUCAAUGACAAGAUGGUCGCCUAUAACCCUUCGUUUAGAUUAUAUCUUACUACUAAACUUGGAAACCCAGUUUACACUCCGGAGACUUUGACGCAGACUACGAUGGUGAACUUUGCCGUAAAGGAGCAGGGUCUGACGGCGCAGCUGUUAGGUAUCGUCGUCCGGAAAGAGAGGCCGCAGCUGGAGCAGAUGAAGGAUACGCUCGUGUUGUCUAUAGCUCACAACAAGAAAGUGCUUGUGGACCUGGAAAAUGACCUGCUGCGCAUCAUGUACGAGUCACAAGUGCCGCUGCUGGAGAACGAGGAGCUGUUCCUGACGCUGCAGACCUCGCAGCGCACCUCACUGGACGUCAAGGAAGCUCUCAUCACUUCACAGCAUACUGAGAAGGAGAUCGACACGGCCAGGGCGGGUUACGUACCGGUAGCCGUCCGUGCGUCAGUGCUGUUCUUCGCGCUGAACGACCUCUCCCGCAUCGACCCCAUGUACCAGUUCUCGCUGGACGCCUACAUCGACCUCUUCACGUACUCCAUCGACCGCAGCCCGAAGGCCGUCGAACUUGAAGACAGGAUCAAUAACCUGAAUGAGUUCCACACCUAUGCCGUGUACAAGAACACCUGUCGAGCCCUGUUCGAGCGCCACAAGCUGCUGCUCUCGUUCCACAUCGUGUCGCGCAUCCUGUUCCAGAUGGGCAAGAUGUCACGCAACGAGUACCUGUUCCUGCUGAAGGGCGGCAUCGUACUCGACAGAUCUGAACAGCCCGACAACCCCACUAACUGGCUACCGGACGAGUGCUGGGACAACAUCACGGAGAUGGAUAAGCUGCCGGGCUUCCACGGCGUCACCGACACGUUCGAGACGCUCAGCAAGGAGUGGCGCGAGUGGUACCUGCACCCGGAGCCAGAGACACAGCCGCUCAUCGGCGACUGGAACGACAUCUGCAGCGACUUCCAGAAGAUCCUGUUCAUCCGGUCGCUGCGCGUGGACCGCGUGUCCGCCUGCAUCACCACCUUCAUCAUCAACGUGCUGGGGCCACGAUAUGUCGAGCCGCCGGUCUUGGAUAUCAGGGCCGCGUGGGAGGAGUCCUCAUGGAAGACGUCGCUACUGUUCGUCCUGUCGCCGGGCGUGGACCCGACGGCGGCGCUCAUCCAGCUCGCGCUCGACGUCAAGAUGUUCGACAAGUUCGCCUCGCUCAGUCUCGGACAGGGACAGGCGCCCACUGCUAUCAGGAUGUUAUCCCACGGCAUGAAGGAAGGUGGCUGGGUAUUCCUGGCUAACUGCCACCUGGCGUGCGAGUGGCUGGGCUCGCUGCGCGGCCUGGACAACCCUAAGAUCCACCCGCGGUUCCGCCUGUGGCUGUCCUCCAUGCCCGACGACAAGUUCCCGUUGGGGAUGCUGCAGCGGAGCAUCAAGAUGACUACUGAACCGCCGCAGGGUCUGAAGGGCAACCUGGUGCGUCUAUUCGCGAACAUAAACGAGGACAAGUUCGACGAGGCGACGCCGAAGUACCGGCGCCUGUUGUUCUGCGUGUCCUUCUUCCACUGCACGCUCAUCGCUCGUAAGCGGUUCCGCCAGCUCGGGUACAAUGCCGUCUACAGCUUCAACGAUGCUGAUUUCGAUGUGUCAGACAACCUGCUAGCCAACUACCUGGAGGAGUACGAGGAGGUCCCGUGGGACGCGCUCCGCUACCUGUUCUCCAUCAUCAACUACGGCGGACACAUCACCGACGACUGGGACAAGCGCGUGCUCAUCGCGUACAUCACGCAGUUCUUCAACGAGGAUGCUCUCGAUACCCCCUUCUAUAGGCUGUCUUCGAUCCCCGCAUACCACAUCCCUCGCGACGGCAGCUUGGAGUCGUACCGCGACUUCCUGGACCUGCUGCCCGCCUCCGAGCGCGCUGAGUCAGUAGGGCAGCACGCCUCUGCUGACGUCGCCACGCUGGCGCAGGAUGCGCUGAUAAUGUGUUCCACACUAUUUGGUCUGGCAUCUACUGGAGGUGGCGGUGCUGGUGGAGGAGAAGACCAAAAGGUCGACGAGCUUGCCUUAGAAAUGCUACACAAGCUGCCCGCUAAAAUAGACAUGGAGACGACGGAGCGUAUGAUGGGCCCCGAGAUCGUAAUGCCGAUGUGUGUGUCCCUGCUGCAAGAGAUCACGUACUUUAACGAGCUUAUCAACAAGAUCAUUGCGGGACUCAAGGAACUUCGGCGUGCGAUUGAGGGUCUCGUCGUGAUGUCUGAGAUGUUAGAGACCAUGUACACUUGUAUUUUCGAGGGGAAAGUGCCCGUCUUCUGGUUACGAGGACGGCCGUCCAUGAAGCCGCUGGGCGCGUGGUGUCGCGAGCUGUUCCUGCGCGGCGCGCACCUGCAGGGCUGGGCCAACGCGCCGCGCGCGCCGCCCACGCUCUGCUGGCUGCCCGCCUUCGUCGCGCCCACCGGCUUCCUCACCGCCGUCAUGCAGACAACGGCCCGCGGUGAGAGCUGGCCUAUCGACAUGCUCUGCUGGGAGUUCACCGUCAUGCCGCUGGAGGAGGCCGGCUUCGUGCGCCCGCCGAGAGACGGAGGCGUUUAUAUUAGAGGCCAGUACCUAGAGGGCGCGUCAUGGUUCAAGAAGGAGGCCUGCCUGCAGGAGCCGCUGCCCAUGCAGCUCGUCUUCCCCAUGUCGCCCAUACACUUCAAGCCUAUCAAGGCUACUGGGAAACGCUUGCGCAACCGCUACAUCUGCCCGUGCUACUACUAUCCGCUGCGCAUGGGCGCCUUCGUGGUGGCGGUGGACCUGCCGGCCGGCAAGGAGUCCUCCGACUUCUGGGUCAAGCGCGGCACUGCCAUGCUCUGUACACUCGCCACUUAACUGGAAAGGCUCUUAUUAUUUCGUCUAUCGGCUCAGUUAUUCUUAGUCCUUAUAUUUACUGUAUUCUAAACUGUAUUUGAACUGCACAAUGUGUAAUGCUGAUUCCUGGAGGUCAAGUCUUAUAGUAAUAUUUUUGCGGGUGUGGAACAGAGAUGCCGCGAUGUAUUGCGCUGUCACGUUUCCUCAACCAUGGUAUGUCUUCUUAACUUAAUUUAUUAAUGAGGGUAGUUUUUAAAUAAAAGGUAAAAAGUAAAAUAAUUCAUUUUAUUUUUAAUGCUUCUUAAAAUUUUGGUUGGUUCGUAGGCUGUCAUAUCUGUUAGUGUAUUCAUU